CUCAAGUGCUUUCCCUACCCCCUCCUCUUUCUCUUCAGUCAGUUCCCCCUCCUCUCCCAGCCGCUCCGCAGGUUCAAACUCUUCUCCCGGCGAGUGGCGGCAGUUGUGAGGUCACGUGAUGAGCAUCCUGCUGCCCAACAUGGCGGAGUUCGACACCAUCUCGGAACUGGAGGAGGAAGAAGAAGAAGCAGCAACGACGUCGUCGUCGCCGUCGUCGUCGUCGUCGUCGUCGGUAUCUGGGCCCGAUGAGGAUGAGGAAGAUGAGGAGGAGGAAGAAGAGGAGGAAGAAGAAGAAGAGGAGGAGGAGGUGCCACCCCCGCCACGGGUAGUGAGCGAGGAGCAUCUGCGGAGAUAUGCCCCAGACCCUGUGUUGGUGCGCGGCGCCGGCCACAUCACUGUGUUUGGAUUAAGCAACAAAUUUGAUACGGAAUUUCCCUCAGUUCUGACAGGGAAGGUGGCUCCAGAAGAAUUCAAGACCAGCAUUGGCCGUGUGAACUCAUGUCUGAAAAAGGCUCUCCCAGUCAAUGUGAAAUGGCUGCUGUGUGGAUGUCUCUGCUGCUGCUGCACCCUGGGGUGCAGCCUGUGGCCUGUUAUUUGUCUCAACAAGAGAACCAGAAGAUCAAUUCAGAAGUUACUAGAAUGGGAAAAUAACAGAUUAUACCACAAGCUUGCUUUGCACUGGAAGUUGACUAAAAGGAAAUGUGAAACUAGCAAUAUGAUGGAAUAUGUAAUCCUAAUAGAAUUCUUACCAAAAUACCCCAUAUUCCGACCUGACUGAGGAAUUUUGUUUGGUCACUUCUGUGUUAUCUGUCAUUUCCUACCCUUAGUGCCUUGUAGAUGAUCUUGGAAUGGAGAAGUCUCCUUUGCUGUGUUCAAUUUAUUCUUUAUAACAGUAGAAUAUUCUUCUCACUCUUUUAUUUGUGUUGAUUUAAGAAGGCAAUUUGCACAUCUUUUUGUUAUUAAAUGAGGCUUGUGUUUUGCACUCUCAAUUUUUAAAUAAAUACACACAAACAUAUACAAUUAUAUGUAGUUGACACUAAAAACAUCAGUGCUGGUGUGUAAAGAAACAAACAAAACCCUUGUUCUGAGCAUGCUGCCUUAGGAUUUUCACACUCACCGUUUCUAAAUACGCAUCAUUUUCUAGGCUAUUUAAUGCUCUGUAAUCCCUUACUGGACACACCCAAAUACGCUUUUGGUAGCUUUUAGAAAUGGUUUUACUCUGCUUUUAAAGAACAUGCAAUUAAUAGCACUGGUUUCCUCCUGCACUUUGCUAAAUUGUCACUUAUGUUAGUGGAUAAAAUAUUUAAACUCCUAAAGACUUGUAAAUAUUGUCUCUUUGCAUAAUGUAAAAUGUGGUAUGCCAUGGUUUACAGGAUUAUUAUUAUUAUUAAUGUAUUGCCAACAUGUCCACGUAGAUCUUGAUAUGAAGUUUGCAAGCAUCCUUUUGAAUGUAGAGACCUUUAACAUGCUGUUUUGUGGCAAAGCCAACAUGAGUAUGUUAAAUUUCAGGUGUGGGGCAAGAUUGCCCUUCCUAACAAAGUGGAUUAAAAUUGAAACCAUUAGUUCAGACCUUGUGCGUUACACCUGAGACCAAGAAUCUUAUUUUUUCUAUUUAAUUCACUGCUCUUCAUUUGUUCUCCGCUCCACUCCCCCAAAUAGUUGACAUCUAACUCAUGCAUUAGCUCUCAUUUCCUUUCCCCUAUGUAUCUUUUCUCUCCUUUGAAAAUACAUAGAAUUUCCCCUUUUAAGUGUCUUGAGAGCCAAUUCAUCCUGGUGCAGGCCUUUAAUCCCAGUACUUAGGAGGCUAAAGCUGUGGAUCUCUGAGUUCAAGGCCAGCCUGAUCUGCAUAAUGAAUUCCAGGACAUCCAGGGCUACACAGAGAAACCCUGUCUCAAAAAAAAAAAAAUCAAAAAAGUGUUUUGAGAUUUUUAAUCUUGUGAGACAUCAAGGCCUCCAUGAAAGCCACAUUUUAGCCUGCAUUCUACAUUGAGAAAGAGUGCUGAGAAACUGUAGCUAUGGACUAUGCAGUAGUCUAGUCAGAGUUGGGAAAAUAUUCUUAGCCUUCUGCUUGAGAAUCUUUUCUAAACAUUUGGAAAUUGUCAAUGAGGAAAGACAAGUAAAAUUUAGAUAAAAUUGUAUUCCGUUUGUAAAUUGGUCAUGUGUUUUGGUUGGUACAUGCAUCUUUCUCUCUUUUUUUUUUUUUUACAGUUAAAUUGAGUGAGAUUACCACUCUGCUUCUACUACAAUUUGAAAUUAAAAUAUAACAAAAGUUUAAUAUCACACGAAUUCAACUGCAAGGGAAUGCCUGUAUAUGGGCAUUGUUUGUACUUGCGGUUACUGAAUACAUUCUCUUUACCCUUCUACUCUUAACUGCUUUUAAGUCAGUUCAUUUCAUUGAACAGAACAAUCAUUUCUGCAUACAAGGUCAAGCCUUUUUAAGCCACUUUUAAAAGUUAUGCCUAAUCUGAAAUCCUUAGUCCUUGACCAGAGGAGGAAAGACCAGUUUGAUGUUGUUCUAAUGGUUUGCACAAACACUUUUGGAGACCCAUCCCCCCCAUGUCACCCAGCCACCCCAGAUCUCUAAAUUCUAGUAUAUUUAUUGUGUAUGCCUGCAAAUAUGUCUGCCUGCUGCAGGAUUGAAGCUGUAUUUUUAUAGACAAGAAGAAAGCCUCUGAAAAUGCAUACCCAAUGUCUUGUUUUAUAGCUAAGGUCAGGGAAAAUCAUAUCUAUGUUUUAUGUUGCAGCUAAUGUCAUCAGAUUUAUGCUUCAUACUGUGACAUUUAAAUACCAAAAUUGAUUUCCAUUCCAUCAUAAUACAGAAUCUUAUUCCUUACUGGUAAGAUAAUUUUUUUGUGAAUGUCAGCCCUUGGCAAUCUUACAUUACGUCUUGAGCCUUAGAAUUUGACCAAGUAGUGAUCAUAGAAACUUUUUCUGCCGUGGACAAAUCACACUUCAUUUUGUUCAACAAUACAAAAAACAAGAAGUGUAACAAAUUGUUUCCAUGAAACAGAUAUUAAAAUAGGAAUAGCUUGUAUCUGGAGGUGACCAAGUAUAAUUCAAGUUACAAUAGUAUUUGUCAUUAAAAAAUAACAUUUUACAAUAUGUCAAUUCGAUUGGAACUACUCAUUCAUAAAUGUGUUAAUUGAUUGUUCAAUAUAGUGAUUGACUAAUCAUAGUUUCUCGAACUACACAGAAGACAAUCUGGCUUUUUUCGUUUCUUUGUUUCACACUGCUUCCCCGCGAGGGGGGUGAUUAGUUUGGUUGGGGAUGAGAUUCCUUCUUAUUGAAAUGACUCACAACAAAUGCUAAUGUGACAGAGUGCACCUUGGUCUCUAAUUCCUCCCCCACCAAACUGUUUUUCCCUUAGCCUCAGGAUAGAGUGUAACUUGUAUUUUUCCAUUGGGUUAACCAACUAUUUUAUGAAAGUUAUUUUUGAUUGAAAAAAAACUAACUUUAAUUUCUUUGAUACAUAAUAUCCCUUUAUUAAAAUUGCCAUGGUAGUUUCCAGAGGAAAAACAUUUUAAAAUAGCAUGUUUUUGCCAAAGCAUUUCAAUCUCACCAGACUUGGAGAUUGCAAGUUAAAAGACUUUUUUCUAAGUCACAUUCUGAAAAACCUGGCGUGCUGGUUUGCACUUUUAAUCCCACAAUUUCAGAAGCUAAAGCAAGAGAAUUGCCAUGAAUUGGAAGACAGCCUGGGCUACAGAAUGAGACCCUGUCUCCAAAGAAAAGAAAAGAAAAGAAAAGAAAAGAAAAGAAAAGAAAGGAAAGGAAAGGAAAGGAAAGGAAAGGAAAGAAAAGAAAAGAAAAGAAAAGAAAAGAAAAGAAAAGAAAAGAAAAGAAAAGAAAAGAAAAGAAAGAGCAUGGUUUCUGUUACUUCUCAUUUGGUCCAAGAUUCUGGCUUAAUAAAUUUAUUCAACUGGUCAUUUUAAAGCUUGUCCAUAAGGCAAGUAGCAUCUAUAUUAUUAAUAAAAAUAUGGACAAAUGUCAUUAGCCGAAUAACUCCAUCUCAGACAUGUCCUCUGUUUUUCCCCUCUUACCACAUGUUAAUUUAGGAAAGAGAUUAUUGUAACUUUAGAAGUAGAUGGGAAAGUGCCUUGUCUUUUUCAAAGAUAGCAUGGUAUGUGGAAGAAAGCAGAGUGAAUGAAUUGGUAGAUUAUUAGAAAUUAUUCUUUUCAACUAGGCAUGAUAGCACAAGGUUAUUGAUUGUCUCUUAUUUAAGCCCAUUUACUUAUCUUCCAAACGUGAGAUACAUUAAUGACAAAAUAUCAUUGAAUAAAACUAUCAAUCACUUAAAAUUACUGUAAUUUUAAGGCUAGUAAGCAUAGAAUUCAACAUGGUUCUGGAAGGACAGUGGUCUUUAAUAAAGACCCUACUAAAACUCAUAUUUCUUAUACUAGCAUGUUCUAUAAACACUAAUAUCUCAGAAAUUUAACUGUGUUCAUGCCUAGCAUUGCCGUUUUACUGAGAUUUAUUGUUGCCUUUGAUAAUUUGAGUAAAGCUCAAUAACAUUUGUAAACCUAUCAAGAGUUAGGUAUUUCCAAAUGUCUGUGACCUUUACAAGUCAUUAGCACUUUGAUUUUUGUUUACAGAUAAGCUGCCACUUAAAAAUUAAAGCACUACUUGAACAUGCAGACCCCAAACAAAAUUUCAUUUGAAUUUACUGUAUGCCCUAGGCAAAUAUAGAGUAUACUUACCUGAUUAAUCGGAACAAUUCACACAGUAGAAAUAUUUUCUUUUACUAAAUUAACUGGAAGUGUUCAAGUUCAUUGAAAUUAAGUCUAAAUAUGCCUAUAAAAAUCUGCUUCUUUUUUAAAAAAGAAAAGAAAAAGGUCUAUUUUACAACUAUCAAGUCAUUCAGGAUCCCUUGAGUGGUGAACUGUUGGGAGGUUUUUCAUGGUGAAGAAUAAGUUUAUCAAUACUUGUUCAUAUACUUGUGAGCUAAAAAUAAUUGAAGGAUAUCUAUAAGCAUAUCCUUCCGUGUAUGUAUGUGUGAGUGUGUGUAUAUAUGUAUGUAUGUAAUCCUUACCUUGUUCCAACAUUUCCUUACCUGAUUCUGAGCCAGCCUUUUUAUUUUGAUGAUGGCAACCUGAGAAUAUGUUCCAUUUUCUGUGAAUUUUGUCGAAGUCAGACUUAAUGAAGAAACAAUCUAAUAUUGUGGCCCCCAGUUUGUCGAAGUCAGACUUAAUGAAAAAACAAUCUAAUAUUGUGGCCCCCAGGCAAGUGACUUAAAGUACAUGUCAGUGUUUCCAUCUGUAAAAGGAGAGGGCUGAACCUUGAGCUGGACAACAAAAAAAAAAAAAAAAAUGAGAAAUGUUCUAACACACCAUGGUUCUGAGAAGCCGUGGAAGAUCUUUACUGUGCAGACUUGGUGGAGACUCACAGUGCCUUGCGCAGUUUGAGUUCAGUUUGCUGCCUGGCUGCUAGUCGAUGUGUGUUAAUAAAAGCACACUCAAAGAACCAAAUCUCUGGUAGACCUGUCCCCUCUAUGCUGAGAAAAGUGAAUGGCAUUUCCCUAGGAAGCAAGGGCUGGGAUCUCUGUUUGCAUGUGGGAUACAACUAUGCAGUUGGUAUCCAGGCAAGAAUUGGAGCUGUGACAAGAGCAGACAUGGAAAAGUGUCCCCUUAGACUAUGUGAAGAGUUGCAUAUUCAAUUUCACAUCUGCUUCAGUGUCUCACCAAGUUCCCCACCCUCAACAAAAUCUAUUGGAAUGAAUUUAGAAAAUUAAGUGGAAAGGAAAAUGGCCUAGAGUUCAACCCCAAGUCGCUUUUGGUUUAAUUUUUAGCUCUGCUGCUUAAUCCCUCUGUACCUCAUGUCCUCAUUGCUGAAGUGGGGACGACAAUCUGGACCUACCUCACAGGGAUAUUGAAGGUCUUUUUCGUGUGUUCAUAUGCUUAGAAACUGACUAAAAGAAAUAUUGGAUCGAAUAAUUAUAUAAUUUUUAAGGAGAUGUGGCUUUCAAUCCACAUUGUUUUCUUUCUUGGUAACACCCUACAGAGUAGUAAGUGUGCGCUUGAUUUAUUUUUCUCAACAGUCACUUUUGUUGCCAAUACCCUAUUUGUUAAACAUGAAUGAUUGUACUAUAUUAAUACUUGAUUUAGGGAGAACAGGUGGGUGUAAACCAGUGGUUCUAGCUUGGGGCAGAUAAAGAGAGCAGUGGAAAGUAUCCUUGAGCCUUUUUCAAGAAUUAAUUCGAAAAAUAUCACUAAAGGCCACACACUGACCUAUCACAUUCCUUCUCCACCAUCCAAACAAGACAUGGAAUCAGCAUGCAUUUUGCUCAUGUUCUUUCCUGUUCUGUCUUUCAACAUAGCUUACCAACACUGAUCAGAAACUGUGAACGGAAGUGUGCUUGUAUUUAAUGGAAAAUAGGAAGGCGUCCUUAAGUGUACUUUAAUAUAUACUUGAAAACGGAGAAGGAAUUUAGAGAUGAAAAAGUUGGGAGCCACUUUUCUAAAAGAAUCAGGAUUAUUUGACCCCCUCAACAAUUGCUUCCUAGUUCCUGGAUGAUGGAGAGAGAGAGAGAGAGAGAGAGAGAGAGAGAGAGAGAGAGAGAGAGAGAGAGGACAGAGAGAGAGAGGACAGAGAGAGGGAGAAUGAGAGUGAAUAUUGACUAGAUUGGGCUAUAAAUUCGGAUUAUAAUUUGCCCAGUUUUGGCUUCUGGAACUGAACUGAUUCAUUGAGGCGUGUCCAUGUACACACACAGGAUUCAAAUAUGCAGUGUUCUGGUGUCAUGUUGGUCAGUUUCUCAGUCUCUUAAAGUUUGUGUGAUGUCUGUGUGAUAAGCAAGGCAAUAAGUUCUCUAAUGUUCCUUUUACUCCUGCUUAUUUGCUUUUAUCUUGGCAUAAUUUUCCUGCUUUUCUGUUUUAUUGUAAGCAAAUAGUUGGAAACUGUUUUAAUGCCUGGACUUUGGAACAAGUUUCAAAUGUUUGAAAUUAUAUAAUCUACAAGCUAGUUUGCCAUCCUUGGACUAACCACAUACAAGUGUGAAUCUCUACUGCAAGAACAGGACAUCCAGAUAGCUACAGAGCUGUCACUGUUCAAAAAAAUCUGGUUGAAAUAUAAGUGACUUCUACAUUUUGGCAGAGGAUUCCUGUUUGGACAGCUUUACCAGAAGAGAAUAACAGUGGAUAUGUCCUUCAAACCACGAACUUUCAUGCAUCUUGUAGUGUUAUGUAGCCUGUGGAAUGAAUUCCUCUUCCCCCUGGAGUCCAGGAUUGACUCCCCUGAAAGAACUCAACCUAUAUACAGCUGUGCCAAAAUGAAGGAUACCUGCCUCUGAAACUUUCACUGCUGCUUCUGUUGUUGUUCACUUGUCAGAUAAAAUUUUAUUCUCAGGAUGCAAAAUUCCAAUAAAGUACAAAUCUA